AUGUCAAGGUAAGUUUAUGUAAGUCCAGAAAGAAUGACUAUUCAAAAAUUGGAAGAAUACCCCUCUGCCUUGUAGGACUUGAAUUUUAAUCAUUCGAGAUUCUAGGAGAUUGAGGCAGAGUUCAAAGCUUUGGAUGUCGAUUAAAGUGGUUGGUUAUCUUUGGCAGAAUUGGAAUUGCAUUUGAAAAGGAAAGGAUGUGAUUAAUAAUUAGUGCAGGAGAUCUUCAAUGAUUUGAAUACUAAUUAGGAUCAAAAGAUAUCCAAAGACGAGUUCACUCACGGUUAUCUGAAUAAAGAGUAAAAUCUUAAAGAUUAAGUUAAAUCAUUAGAAAUCAAAAUCAAGCAAAUUAGAACAAGCGAAGACGAGUUUAAGCAACAAAUUAAUGUAGCAAACCAUUAAUAAUUAAUAAUUACUCUCUAAUCGGGCUGUCUAAACUAAUUGUAUAGAUAGUAGGAUGACAUAAUAAAAGCAUCCAAAUAAAUUGAAGUUCUCUUUCAAUGCAAUGAAGCCUCUGAUGGACAUGACAGAUUUAGCAAGCUAAGCUUGAAUUGCGAAUAUCCAGUUUGGGGUGAUAAAAUUACUUAUAUUCUUAAUGAAGUACAUCAAAUAGAAAUUUCAGUUGAAUUAAUCGAAAUAUAUUAACUUUAAAAAUAGUCCCUGGGCAAAAUAAGAGUCCAAAAAAACUUGCAAUAAGACUUCUAAAACCAAGAGUAGCUAAUAUUCGAAGGCAUCGGUGAAAUCCUGGUUCUUUUUGAAUACAUAAAUAAUUGGAAUGAAUACAUUCAAGCGUAAAUGCAAUUUUGUGAAGAGAAUGUCAACAAUCUCCUUGAGUAAAUCAGAUAGAUUAAGCGAAAAUUGUACUUUAUGAAACAAUUAUACAACUUUGAUAAUGGCAACUUAAAGCAGAAGGAAACUCUAUCGCUCUCUCUAUUACCAGCGUACAAGCAGGACAUCUAGAUAAAUAAAUCGUUUCAACAAUAAGAAAAUAAGGCUUAAUAUGAUACUCAGCCAAUUUUCAAUUAAUAAUAACUGCCAUAACAAGAAUAAAUACAGAUUCAAUAAAUUCCAGAAUAUCAAUAAGACUAUCAAUUAUAAAAUAAUUUGCCUGAUGCUUUUAACAUCUUCAAGCAUUCCGAAAGUGAUCCCGAUGCAUUCAUUGUUAGUCUUGAAUAGAUGAAGAGUCAACCAAAUUUCAAAUUAAUGGGGAUUUUAGUUCUACUCAUAACUAUCAACAUUGCAUUUUCCAGAUGUGAUUUUCUGGGCUUGAUGCUAGUUCUGUUAAGUAUCCCUUAUCAAAAUAGGAAAUGGAAUAAUUAGUAACUUUAAUUCUAUACUUAUGGAAUGAUCUUCUCUUUGAUAUUAGAGUUUUACUGGAUAAUAAAGUUUUCAAAUUGCUUUUCUAAUCUCUAUUAAUGCAACAAUUAAUAUGGAUUUGCAUUAUCAAUCUACUUUUUAUGUCUACUCACGUUCCUUGGGAAAAUUUAUGUAUUAUAUAAAGUCCGUGGAUAUCAUUGA